AUGCCAUCGACCCUCGUGCGCGAGGGCUCCGAUGUCUGGGAACCGCCUCCUCCUGAGCCGGAGCCUCGCGGCUGCGCGGGGGCAGCGCCUGGUCCUCCCAGCGCGGAUCUGCCUGGACCCGACCUGUCCUCGGGUCCCCGCGAGACCCCUCGUAUCGCCGCACCCGGUCCCCCAAGGUCCCCUCCGCCCCCACCCGCCCCGCGGCCGCCGUGCGUACGAGGUGACGCAGCGCCGCCUGCCACGCGCCCCGCCCGCCUCGAGCCGCCGCCGCUGCGGCCGCAGCCGCCUCGACCCGGCCGGGCUCCAGGGGCCGCUAACGGUCCCGCGCCCCUCGGCGUCCGCGCCCCUCGGCGUCCGCGUCCCAGCCUGGCGGAGCCGGCGCCCAGGGCUGGCGCGAUGGGGGCCGCCGAGCCGCUGCUCUCGGUGCUGUGGGUGAAGCGACAGCGCUGCGCCGUGAGCCUGGACCCGGCGCGGGCGCUGCUGCGCUGGUGGCCCAGCCCCGGGCCCGGAGCCGGCAUCCCCGGCGAGGACGCCUGUUCCGUGCCCGUGGCCGAGAUCAUCGCCGUGGAGGAGACAGACAGUCACGGGAAGCACUACGGUGGCGGGAAGUGGCAGAAAAUGGAAAUGCCUUUCGCAUUCACAGUGCACUGUGUGAAGAGAGCCCGACGCCACCGCUGGAAGUGUGCGCAGGUGACCUUCUGCGGUGCUGACGAGCAGCUGUGUCACCUGUGGCUGCAGACCCUCCGGGAGCAGCUGGACAAUCUGACGUGCAGACCGAAGCACUUGCUGGUGUUCAUCAAUCCCUUCGGAGGGAAAGGCCGGGGCAAGCGGAUCUACGAGAGGAAGGUGGCGCCCCUGUUCGCGCUGGCCGCCGUCGCCACGGAGGUCAUCGUCACGGAGCGCGCCAAUCAUGCCAAGGAGACCUUGUACGAGACGGACGUGGACAAGUACGACGGAAUCGUCUGUGUCGGCGGGGACGGCAUGUUCAGCGAGGUCCUGCACGGGCUGAUCGGCAGCACGCAGAGGAACGCCGGCGUGGACCAGAACGAGCCCCGGACGGCGCUGGUGCCCAGCCGGCUGCGCAUCGGCAUCAUCCCCGCAGGGUCGACAGACUGCGUGUGUUACUCGACGGUGGGCACCAACGACGCGGAGACAUCAGCCCUGCACAUCGUCCUGGGUGACUCGCUGGCUAUGGACGUGUCCUCGGUGCACCACAACGGGGCGCUGCUGCGGUACUCGGUGUCCCUGCUGGGGUACGGCUUCUACGGGGACAUCGUCAAGGACAGCGAGAAGAAGCGCUGGAUGGGCCUCAUCAGAUACGACUUCUCAGGUCUGAAGACCUUCCUGUCCCAUCACUGCUACGAGGGCACGGUGUCGUUCCUGCCCGCACAGCACACGGUGGGCUCGCCGCGGGACGGGAAGCCCUGCCGGGCCGGGUGCUUCGUCUGCAGGCAGAGCCGGCAGCAGCUGGAGGAGGAGCAGAAGCGGUCGCUCUACGGCCUGGAGAGUUCCGAGGACAUGGAAGAGUGGAAAGUGGUCUGCGGCAAGUUCCUGGCCAUCAACUCCACCAACAUGUCCUGUGCGUGUCCCCGGAGCCCCCGAGGCCUGUCACCGGCCGCCCACUUGGGGGACGGGUCCUGUGACCUCAUCCUCAUCCGGAAGUGCUCCAGGUUCAACUUCCUGCGAUUCCUGGUCCGGCACACCAACCAGGGCGACCAGUUUGACUUCGCCUUCGUCGAAGUUUACCGCGUCAAGAGAUUCCAGUUUGUGUCCAAGCAGGCGGAGGAGGAGGAGAGUGAGCAGGGCAAGCGGGGGCUGGGCCCCAUCUGCAGCCACCCCUCGCCCUGCUGCUGCUCCGUGUCCUGCAGCGCCUGGAACUGCGACGGGGAGGUGCUGCACAGCUCCGCCCUGGAGGUCAGGGUCCACUGCCAGUUGGUGCGGCUGUUCGCACGGGGCAUCGAAGACGGUCCUAAGCCGGAGCCGCGCCGCUGAGAAGCCCCCUCUGAUCGCCCACCUUCGGCUGCUGCUCCUGGAAGUGUGAAAGUUAGGAAACGACUACAGACCAAUUAUGUGGAUACUUACAUUUACAUUUAGAAGUUUAUUUUUGAUAGUUAAAUCUUGACUUCAGGAAACACAGCUCUGCCCACAGUUCUGCGACCGCACCAGGCGGUUUCAGUUCCACACGCAUCGCUGGGCUGUGCGUCAGGAGACUUAGUCUCAGCGAGCGGUCACUGUGGAUUUGGGGCGCUGGCUUCGUAGAUCUUAGCACCUCGCACUUGGAAAUGGCCAGUCGGUGGGGUCUGUUGCGGUUACUCUAGGGGCAGUGUAGGGACUGCUCUCUGCUGAGGCUCCGUCAGACCCCCGGCGCCUGCAGGCACCACCGGGCACCUGAUCCGCUUUGCCAGGCUUAUCAGUAGUGGUCUGUGGUCCGCUGCAGCGAGGCAGCGGGCUCUCUGCCCUCAUUUUACCUUCGUCCGAGCCCACGGCGAGGGCACUGUUCCCGGGUCCUUUCUGCCAGGCACCCCCACCCAGCAGUGGAUCACUCCAGGGGUAGAGGGCAUGGAAGCGGUCACUGCACCUCCACGACCAGCCGUCUCCAUGGCAGCAUCCAGUGUUGCCGUGACAAUCCAGCCGGGCGCUCAGGCAGCAGCCAUACUGUUUACAGUCGCAACGCUUCAUAGCUGCACAAGCAGGAGGGCAGAGGCGGCAGGCCGUGCGUGCGAUGUGCACCGGGGGACUUCGUUAGUGCCCGGCCCUGGGGGGCAGGGCCCCUCAAGCCAGAGGUCCGUGUGGCACAGGCCCCAGUGCACACCUAUGGCCCUGACUGCCUCACCUUCACGCUCAUUUCCACAUGUUCAUCGGCGGCCGUGCCCCCCUCACCCAGAAGGGUAGCGAGGUAUCCGCAUCGUCAGUGCUCCAUUCGGUCCAGGCUCAAGGCCCCUCCAGCCUUUGACGGCCGUGCGGUCUCAGAGCCUGCAUGCAGUCGCGUGUUUGUGUGUGUGCGUGUGUGUGUAAGGACAAGGGCGACUUCCCAUCCAGUCCCACCUGCGUCAGACUGGGCUUCAAAGGUGUGUUUGUUUUUUGAUGGGCCACAGUGUUGAAGACCUGCGAGUGAUGGGCCUGCGAAUCGCAUGGUCUGGGUGGUUGGUGGGUGGGGAAGCCCGUGUGUAGAGUUACUGUCCGCUGGCCAUUGCCGUUCUCAGUGUGUGCUCCUGGGGGGAGGCGGCCAAAGAUGCGGGACUGGAGCCCUGAUGGCGGGGCCGCCAUGCCGCCUGUGCGCCCUGGGACCGCUGCACCUCAACAGGUCUCCUGGGGCAGCCUUCACCCCUUGGGUCUCUGGGAGAUGCUGCCCUGACACUCACUGCUGGUCCCAGAACGGUCCAGGCCGGAGAGCGAGCUGCCCGAGUCCCACAAGAACACCGGCCGUGCUGCACAGUCCCCGCACGGCCUGGGCGGGGCUUACUGGCUGCGUGCUGAUGUUCCAAAUCGCACACUUGGGACUUCUGGGGGGCCAGUGUGACCGAGUGAACCCUCCAAGAGCUCACCGGCAGCUCGUGCAGGGACAGAAGUGCCUGUCGGGGGCCCCCGCCCAGAGCCUCUGGAUGGAGCAGCCACACCUUUGCCCUGGGGCAAGCAGGGGUGCGGAGAAGGGCAGUCUGUGCCGUGGCGCCCUCCCACUCAGGCCCGUGCUGUGGGCGCUGCUCCUGGACGUGUGCGUGGGAGGGGCCUGGCCUUCCUCUCUGAUCUUGCUGGUUUCAGGAUUAGACAGUGGCCACUUGCUCUGUUACGUUCAAGACAAAAAUAAAGUUACUUU